AUGAAGGCUCCGACAGUUCUCCUUGCUCUUCUCGCCACCGGGGUCGCCGCUGGGGACUUCAGUCGGAGCUGCACGGAUGAGCACAUCGAUCCCUCAACCGAGAUUCUGACCGCAAACUGCAACACGGGUGACGGAAAGGGAACCGUGGCAUCGACUUCUCUCGACCUCAACAGCUGCUUUGCGUAUGAGGGAAAUUCGAUCAAGUGGUCCAGCACAGGAAACUUCGGCGAGGCGUGCAGUGAUUGCUACGUCUACCGUCUGCCCGACCCCGUGUAUGGCCCGAUCUUCGGAACCACCCGAGCAUGGAUGAACUGCACAUGCAACGGGGCAGAGGCUGCCAUCAACCUAGACAUCACGUCAAUGUCAAACAGUUUCGGAACUUUGAGCUGCACUUCAUGA